UCUCUGUACACGGCUGUGAUUUUUUGGUUCAUAUUUCCUAGGCUAAAUUCUCUGCUGCUAUAAGUAGAAUGCAAGUAUUUUAACUAAAUUUGCAUUGGUAAUGAGUUUGUUGCAAAUGUGUCUAAUCUAAAGCCAGUUUACACAUGGCUGAGUAUUCUCUAAAUAACAUGGAAGUGAUCAUAUUUAUGAAAUACAGUUAAUAGUUAUAGGUUAAUAAAUUUACGUGAAUUAUAUUUUUGUUGUACAGCAGAUGACAAAGGAAGGGGCAGUGAUUUGGAGUAACUGAGCAUGACUCUGAUUACAGUCACUCUCAUGUCACACAGUCCUUCAGCUUGAUCCUGAGUGGUAGGAUCAGGGCUGUAAUUCUUUCUUCUGCAACAAAGAUUUAAUAUCAGUGAGACCCGUAUAAAUUAGUGUAUUAUUUGAAGGAUAAAAAUGCAGGGAUGCAGAAGACUUCAGCCAUAUCAAGAGUGGAAUGUAUUACAGCAUCUGGUGUGGCAUCCCAGCUUGGGACAAUCCAGAUGUUUCUUUAGCCAGUGAAGGAGAUGCCCAGUCUUUUCCAUUAUCCUGAUCUUGUGUUUCGCCUCUCUAGCAAUGUCGGAUUUUAAUUAAUCUCUGCUGAAAUUGUGCUGGUUUCUUUUUGUCCUUGUUCUUUUCAGUAGGGAGAGCAAUGAUCAUCUGUUCCUAGAAAAAUCUUCUUCUGCAUGUGGGAAAAUUCGUGUGAUAUUGUCCACUCUCAGUCCUUCCUUUCCAAGAUUAAAAUUCUCUUUUUUUCAAGCUCUUCUUCAGGAGUCACCUUAUAUUUUUGUUGUUCCAUUUGAGAGUCCAGAAAGACUAAUGUCCGGUGUUGGAUAGUCUCAUCUCUCCUGCCGCUCUCUAGAGCACUAUAAUGACCUCCUGUUUUUCACACUCAGCACUUUAUUAAAAUAACCUAGAUUCAAAUUCAUCCUCUUUUGAAUAACUUCAGGCUCUGGGUUAUAUUUAGUUUGUGACCUAUCCUAAUGCACAUAUCCUUUUCUGCUCUUCUGCUACCUAGCCAUGUUGCAUUUGCACAUUUCGUGUUUUCUUUAUAGCCAUAAUUCUCUGUGAUUCUUUUUCUUGACUAUCAUCUCCCUGACUUCUUACGGCUGUUUUUUUCCCCUGAAUGCCUGUGGUAGGGCUCCCUUUCAAACAUGAGGAACAGAGAUGCUGGCUCACCCACUCAGGUAAACGCAGAGCAGCUAAACAAGAACAAGAAUUCUAAUGUAACAUGGCUCUGUGAAGAAGAAUCCUUCAGUGACAUAAUCACUCCAUCUUAUAAAAAACCUCUCUAUGGCAUCUCGCACAAAAUCACAGAGAAGAAGAACCCACCAGGAGCAGAGCAGUUUGCUUCUUACGAGUUGUUUGAAAAAAUCAACCCUAGCAGUCCCUCGCAAAUUCGGACUUUGAACGACCAACGCAAAAGAGACUCGGCCACAGCCAUUGCAGUAGCAGCAGCCGCAGCAGAUUCAGAAUCAAAUAUAUAUUCUUUGAUACAGAAAAUGUUUUACACGCUGAACACCCUCAACACCAAUAUGACUCAGCUUCACAGUAAAGUUGACCUGCUGUCUCUGGAGGUUAGCAGAAUUAAAAAGCAAGUCAGUCCAGCAGAGUCCGUUGCUGACUUCAAGCCUCCCCCGGAGUACCAGCUGACUUCUACAGAACUGAAACAAAUCAUGGAUCAAAGCACAUCGGGCGGGGACCUGGCUUGCCGGUUGCUCGUGCAGCUCUUCCCAGAGCUCUUCAGUGACGAUGAGUUCGGCAGAAGCUGCAGUGCUUGUGGCUUUCUCAACAAAAGGAAACUUGAAUCUCUUCAUCUGCAGCUUAUUCGUAACUACGUGGAAGUUUGUUACCCUUCUGUGAAGAAUACAGCUGUGUGGCAGUUGGAGUGUUUGCCUCAAGUCAAUGAUUUUUUCAAUAGAUUUUGGGCUCAAAGGGAAAUGGAAAACAGUCAGCAGAAUGUGCAAUCAUCCAGUUUUUAUGAGACUGAGCAGGUCGAGUCCUCUCAUUUUAUGGAGGAUAAAGAGCAGGAAGAAGCUUUGUCCUUGGACAGGAGUAAUGUCAUUGCCUCAGAUUACAUGCUGGAUGCUCAGGAUCUCAAUGAAUUUUUAGAUGAAGCUUCUUCACCAGGAGAGUUUUCUGUUUUUUUGUUACACAGACUUUUUCCAGAACUCUUUGACCACAGAAAAUUAGCUGAAAGGUACAGCUGCUUUGGAGACUCUGGAAAACAACUGCUGGAUCCUCAUCGGCUUCAAAUAAUCCGUAGGUACACUGAAAUUUACUUUCCAGAUGUGCAAGAAGAAGAAGCCUGGUUGCAGCAGUGUGUUCAGCGAAUAAAUGAUGAGCUUGAAAGUACGUAUAUGGAUGGAAGUGAAUGUGACCAGAUGAGAGAUGACUGUUACGAUUCUUCUAGUUUACCAGAUGAUGUAUCAAUCAUAAAAGUGGAAGACAGUUUUGAAUAUGAAAAGCCUGGCAGACGGUCAAAAAAAAUUUGGCUUGUACCCAUAGAUUUUGACAAACUUGACUUUCCCCCUCCUGAUUUUGAUGUCCCUGUCCCAGAUUACCUGUUGAACAAAGAACAGAUUAAAAGCAUAUAUGAAAGCAGUCUUUCCAUAGGCAACUUUGCUUCCCGAUUGCUUGUUCUCUUAUUUCCUGAACUAUUUACUCAUGAAAACUUACGGAAGCAAUACAACUGUAGCGGAUCCUUAGGCAAGAAACAGCUUGACCCCACUAGAAUUAAAUUAAUUCGACAUUAUGUGCAGAUACUGUACCCCAGAGCAAAGAAUGACAGAGUAUGGACAUUGGAGUUUGUUGGGAAGCUUGAUGAGAGGUGUCGACGAAGAGACACGGAGCAAAGGCGCUCGUACCAACAACAACGGAAAAUCCACAUGCCAGGGCCCGACAGGAGGGAAUUUCUCACCUAUGCAAUAAACCCUGAGAGAUUUCGGGAAGAAUUUGAAGGGCCACCGCUGCCACCGGAAAGAAGUAGCAAGGAUUUUUGCAAGAUACCACUCGAUGAACUUGUUGUUCCUAAUCCAGACUUCCCUGUGCCUUCUCUGUAUUUGCUGUCUGAUAAGGAGAUAAGAGAGAUAGUGCAGCAGAGCCUGUCAGUCGGCAACUUUGCUGCCAGGCUUCUCGUAAGGCUCUUUCCUGAACUCUUUACUCCGGAGAAUCUGAGACUGCAGUACAACCAUUCAGGUGCUUGUAAUAAAAAACAGCUUGAUCCCAUCAGACUGAGACUGAUCCGUCAUUAUGUGGAGGCAGUUUACCCUGUGGAGAAAAUGGAAGAAGUUUGGCAUUAUGAAUGUAUACCGAGCAUCGAUGAAAGGUGCCGGCGUCCUAACAGAAAAAAGUGUGAUAUACUGAAAAAAGCUAAGAAAGCAAAAAAAGUGACAGGCUCUUUAAACUGCUAAGACUUUGACCACUAAAUUAUUGUCAAGAGUGUGCUUUGGUUUAGACUGAAGGGCCUGUUGGGAGUUGAAGGUUCUCAGCACCUGGGACAGUAAGGCACUAAAUUUGUUGUGUUUCAGUGUGCGUGUUGCAUUUCUGUUGGCACCGCAGCAGUGGGAAGUGGCUGACUACAUUUGUACAUGGGUAAAGACCAUCAGUGACAGCUACCAAUGACUCGCUAAGAGCAUGAUAUUCACUGGUGCAAAUACAUGUAUUGAAACUGUUGCUCCACUCCCCAUUUCUGCAUCUUCCUUUUCUAUCACUUUCUAAUAAUAAAACAAAUUUUUUUAUGGUUGUGCUCUUCAAGAGCAGUUUGUCACUAUACCAUUAUAAACAGUAUUUUUAAUUAAUUUGGAUUUUGAAAUGUGUAGACUAAGCUUAAUUUAAAUUUGAAAGUGCCAUUUUCAUUGGAAAUCGUUGGAAUAUUAGACUUUGCAUCUACAGUAACUUCAGCUUCACACUUGUUUUGUUCUUCAUGAUAUUGAGGUACUGGAAGUUAUGAUGUGUCCGUCCAAGAGUGGGUCAGAAUGGUGUCAUUUGCAUUUUUGACUGUUACAUUGGUUUUAUUUCUAAAAUCAAUAAUUUCUACUGAAGAAUUGAGACACACUGUGUGAAAGGGGUUUUUUUUGGGGUUUUUUUUUUUUUUUUGGGUUUUUUUUUUUUGUAUUGACACCACAAGCUUGAUAAUGCCCCUAUGAGUUCUGUUAUUGUUUUGUCCAGUGUAACUGCUGGAGUGACUGAGGGUUGCUCGUCUUGGGUAAAGCCAGCAAAACAGACCCAAGCCUAUGCCCACAGAAUGUCUUCCCAUCAUUUGCUUGCCACCCUGUUUGUAAAAUAGCAGAAGCAACAGCAGCAUUAAAAAGACCUGAAACAAAAACGUAAAAAAAAAAUUUAGACCUUACUUUCUAUCAAAAUCAUGUCCAAAGAUUUCCAGUGUUUCUAUUGAAUUGCAUAUAUAAAAAGUAUGCGCAAAGAUUGGUUUUGUGGUGAAUCCAGCGUUUCAGGGUCCCAGCAUAUGAGCUGUGGUAAUGUAACUUAAUUUUUCCAUGAAUGCAGUAGCAUCUGGAUAUUUUGGGUGUAGGGAUACAGAAUUCUCUCACUUUGCCAAAUUGUUUUAGUGUAAUUAGUAGCUAUUCGGAGACAUAACUGUGUAUGUAUAACUUAGGUUCAUAUGGUCAAGUUUGCAUCAUUAGUAUGUUCGAGUGUAACAAAGACCAUCCAGAACACAAUAUGGAUUAGCUGUAUGACUUGUCACUGGAGAGUGCUGCUUUAAAACUAGUUUACUCUUUCUUUUUAAAAAAAAUCUAAUAUUGAUAGAAAUGGUGAAAGAGAGUCAAUUUUGGAUUCUUAAUACAGUAAAGACAGUGGUUGCCUAUAGAGCAUCACUGGAACACCUUGGAGCAAUUGUUGAUGUUCUCUGUGGUCUUUUUCUGUUGUUUACUUAGAUGGGUCAUAGCAAAUUUUAAGUCAGUUCCAGUGUAAUUUUCUAUUUUAGCAUUUGUAAGGAAGUACAAAAUAUUUCAUAUUUUUACUUCAGAUUUUUAGAAUUUAUUGUUCUUAGAGUCAUAUUGAUCCCUUUAAAAGGAAAACAAAAUGGUUUUUCCUGAUGGCAAGAACCAAUAAAUGUAUUGUGUUAAACUGGGAGUAAAUAAUAGUUAGUAGCAUUUGCUCAUUUUGCCCAUAUGCUAGAAACAUUCUCAGAGAAUGUAUGAAAAAAGUCAUGAAUGUACUAAACAACACAUUGAUACUGUUUAUAUCCAUUUAAUGUUUCUUGUUGGUUUAAGUAAUAGCAGACCAUACUCAAAAUGGAUAUCAGAGCAAAUAUGGCUAUAAUAAAUCAAAAUCAUUUUACCAAAGAUAAAGAACUGAUACCACAAUGUCUGCAUCUGUUCAUUUUAGUGCACAAAUUUAUCAAAUUGAAUGUAUCAGAAACCAAGACUCUCUUGUCAUUGUAUGCUACCUAGAAAUUCUGUGAAAUUUCUUUUUACAUGCACUUUUAUGGGAUAUAUAAAAUAACAGAAGAUCUUAAUGGCUGUUUAAUUUGUGGUUGCAAAUGGCUGGCCAAAAGGUAAGAAAUACUAUUUUAUUUUCUUAUCUUACUGUCAUACGUUUCACCACUUAAUGAUGUCAAAGCUCCCAGAAGAAUUCAAUAUAUAUUGAACUUUUUUACAAGGGAUUGAUGCUACUAGCUAGCAUGCAAGUUUGAGAUGUACUGGCUUUUACUGUAGAUAUUGAUAUUAAGUCAAAAAAUCAGUAAAUUGAUAUAAUCUAAAAAGUAGUGAAAAAACCAAUUUGACAACUUUGCCCAUAAAAAUGAAAAUUUUUGAAACUGGGUGUAAAAAUAUUUUUGUUGUGGUUUUUUUUCUCCUCUUAUUGCUGUGUACAUUCCUUUUGUCCAAAUCUUCACAACCCUUUCAUAAUUCAUUUGAUUGUAUAACUGGUAUCAAGGAAAUACAGACGUACAAAUAGUGGCAUAGUUCACUAACAAAAGCUCUUGCAGUGCAUUUGAAGUACAGCCACUUCAUCCAGUUGGUCAGUCUUGUAAAUAUAUUAAAAGUAUAUUAUUUUCAUACAA